AUGGGAAACACGCUGCAAAAAAUCAGCCAAAAUCAUUCCGAAAAUACCAAACAACUCGAAUUGCAAGUAACAGAAUUACCAGAUGAAUCUCAACCAUUCACCUGCGAAAUUUGUUUGGAGCGUAUGUUGUUACCCAAUAGAAAAUUCAAGAAUCAAAAUCGUUGUGUUCAUCCAUUCUGUAUGGACUGUAUGGUAAAAUACAUCUCCGUCAAGCUUGAUGACCGCAUUGGCGAAAUUCCGUGUCCGUCUUUGAAUUGUAACCAAUUUUUGGACCCUAUUUAUUGCCGGAAUCUUGUGGGCCCACGGCUAUUUGUUAAAUGGUCUGACGUGUUAUGUGAGUCAUAUGUUUUAACGUUGGCGCAGUGUUACUGUCCGAAUAGGAGUUGUUCUGCUUUGAUUUUGGAUGAGUGUGGUGGGAAUGCGAAGAGAUCACAGUGCCCAAAAUGCAGGAGGAAAUUUUGCUUUAAGUGUAAGCUUCCAUGGCAUGCUGGAUUUCAGUGUGAAGAGAGUGGGGAAUUAAGGGACAGGAACGACGUUGCUUUUGGUGUUAUUGCUGAGCGUAAUAAGUGGAAGAGGUGUCCUCAGUGUCGCCACUUUGUUCAACGUACUCGAGGUUGCGAUAUUGUUACAUGCAGGUGCCGUGCCAGUUUCUGCUACAGGUGUGGAAGACGAGUUCGUUGGUGUGGCUGUGAUAUUUCUUUAACGUUCUGCCCACGGACCUGCUACUAUUUUCUAUUUCUUUUUUCAUUCAUAGCUCUCACUCAUUUCUGCUUUUUCUUUCUACGCAAAAAGUAGA